AUGUCAAAAUUUUUCCGUUCAACCUUAGGAAAAGUUGCUUUGGGUUCGGCCGCUGGACUUGGUGGUACUGUUGUGUACCUAGAUUUUAUUAGGUCACCUAAGCCUUCUGCGCUCACUAACUCAUAUAAACCAUUAAGAAAAGAUUUACCGGAACCACCUUCCAGGGAGUCUCUUUUGAAGAACUUGGACACUACAGAAAAAUUUGAUGUUGUGGUCAUCGGUGGUGGUGCGACAGGUACUGGUGUUGCCUUGGAUGCUGCGACUAGAGGUAUGAACGUAUGUAUGUUGGAAAAAACCGAUUUUGCAUCAGGUACAUCUUCUAAGUCUACUAAAAUGGCUCACGGUGGUGUUCGUUAUUUGGAAAAGGCUAUUUUCCAGUUAUCGAAAGCCCAGUUGGAUCUAGUGAUUGAAGCUCUCAAUGAAAGAGGUAACAUGUUAAAGACUGCACCACACUUGUGUUCGGUUUUACCAAUUAUGAUUCCUGUUUAUAAAUGGUGGCAAGCUCCUUACUUCUUUCUUGGUUGCAAAAUGUACGAUUGGUUUGCAGGACAUCAAAAUUUGAGAAGCUCUACUAUCUUCUCCAGAGAGAUGACUAGUGCUAUUGCACCAAUGAUGGAUGACUCAAAUUUGAAGGCUGCUUGUAUUUAUCAUGAUGGUAGUUUCAAUGACGCUAGGAUGAAUUCUUCUUUAGCUAUCACUGCCAUAAACAGUGGUGCAACUGUUUUGAAUUACAUGGAAGUUCAGCAAUUAAUUAAGGAAGAUGGAAAAUUAGUUGGUGUUAGAGCCCUUGAUAGAGAAACCGGAAAAGAAUACAAGAUUAGGGCUACGGCAACCGUCAAUGCAACAGGUCCAUUGGCUGACAAGAUUUUAGAAAUGGACGAAGACCCAUUAGGUUUGCCUUCUAAAAUUCAAAAGCCUCCAAAAAUGGUUGUUCCCUCAAGUGGUGUUCAUGUUGUCUUGCCAGAGUAUUAUUGUCCAAGAGAUAUUGGAUUAUUGGAUCCAUCCACGUCUGAUGGUAGAGUUAUGUUCUUCUUGCCAUGGCAAGGAAAGGUUUUGGCUGGAACAACUGAUACUCCCUUAAAGUAUGUACCGCCUAACCCAACUCCAACUGAAGAGGAAAUUCGUGAUAUUUUGAAAGAAUUACAAAAGUAUAUUGUAUUCCCUGUUAAUAGAGAGGAUGUUUUAUCAGCCUGGUCUGGUAUUAGACCUUUGGUACGUGAUCCUGCUUCAAUUCCAAAGGGUGAAAAUUCUAGUGGUAGUACGCAAGGAUUGGUUCGUUCUCACUUGAUUACUGAAUCUCCUACUGGCUUAUUGACUAUCUCCGGUGGUAAAUGGACCACUUAUAGAGAGAUGGCUCAAGAAACUGUUGAUACUUUAGUUAAAGAUUAUGAUUUCGACGGAAGGAAUAAGAACUUCAAGCCUUGCCAAACGAAUGACAUUUUGUUGAUUGGAGGUGAAGAUUACUCCAAGAACUACUCAGCUAGACUUAUUCAUGAGUAUCAUAUUCCGUUGAAGUUAGCUAAACAUUUGUCGCACAAUUACGGUUCAAGAGCCUCUUUGAUUCUUGAAAUCUAUCAUCAAUCUGACUAUAACAAAUUACCUGUCACUCUUGCUGCAACAAAGAGCUUCACGCCAUCUGAAACGUCUGCAUCUCCAGGUAAUACUUUAAGUUAUCAGUCUUUUGAUGAACCAUUUACAAUUGCAGAAUUGAAGUACUCUUUGAAAUACGAAUACACCAGAACUCCUAUCGACUUCUUAGCAAGAAGAACUAGAUUAGCUUUCUUAAAUGCAAGAGAAGCAUUAGGUGCAGUUGAUGGUGUUGUUGAGAUCAUGAAAAAUGAAUUGGGCUGGGAUGAACAAACUACUGCUAAAUUAACCAGCGAAGCUAAGGACUACAUUGGCCAAUUUGGUAUUUCGCCGGAAAAAUUCGAUGUAACAGAUUUUGUGGUCCAAUAG